CCCCCCCGCAGCCAUGUGUGCCCAUGGUUUCUGGGUUUUGCCGGUCUGGGCUGCAGGGUCUUAUCCGAGUUUUUACCUGGUCUUACCUGUGUGUGAUCCAGCACCUCUUUAAACCUCCCUAAGUUAUUUGUGCUUCUUUGCCUGGAAAACUCUCGCGAGCUUCUGUCAGGCGGCGUAUCACACGCUUAAAUGCGCCAUCUCUCUGUCCUCAGAGCCUCAUGUGGGAAAGACUGAUUAGCUCCCUCUCACAGGUAAGGGAUGGUCUCAUUUCCUUGAUAUUACAGGGGCCAGGCAUGGAAGCCACUGGAAGCUGCUGCUGUGCCUCUCAGACCCGGCGGGCUUAAGCUCCCCUCCCGCCCUGAUGCCAGGACAGGGCUGAGGUUCCAGGUCCCAGGGGCCUCAGGUGGGCCUUCUAGAGACAGGAGUUCCUGCAGGGUGAGCUUCCGACCCUUGAGUCCCAGUUCUUGGCUGUCUCCAGGCCUCUCCCUUUUCCUGUUUUGGUGCCGGCUCAGCCAGGCCCGGAGACAGGGGCAUGAUGUCUUAAUCCUCCGGGUGGCAGCCAUGAUGGAUUCUCCACUGGCUUGGCCACCUGCUGACCCCUCCCUUCCCACACACCUAUCUGCCCCACCCGGCGCCUGACGUGGGGACCCCUGAGCCCUGGCACCCUGCCUGAGUGCGGAGGGGCCACCCUGGCGGGCCCACGAUGCCCCCCAACUCUUUCCAGAAAGCAGGUGGGGUGGGGGACCGGGCUGCCCGCCCUGGGCUCGGCUCUGGCUGCCACAACAGUCGUAAAUCAGGGGAAGAGGGGGUGUCGGAAACGGGUCUGCGGAAUGUCUGGAUGGGGCAGGGAGGGGGUGAGUGCUUAACUCUUAGAAGCACAGGGUGUGGGGCCAAGGGACUGGCUUGCCUGGCCCUGAGGAUGCGGAAGAGCAGCCGGUACGGGACGCGGGGUCUUCCUGCUACUACAGCAGCGGCAACGAAGAGGUUAUUUCCCCAGCCCAGGCUGGGGAAUAAAUUGAGGGUGCGAGGCGUCCCCACCCUCGGGAUCUGCCCGUCACAAUGGCCGCAGGAAGAGUCCUACUCUGCUCUCUGCUGCUCCUCUCGCUGCAGCCGGGCCUCGGCAGGGGCCCUGGUGCUCGGGGGGCUCCGGUGGUGGAGGAAGAGCCACGAGGGACCCUGAGGCCGCAGCUGGGUGCCCGCCUGCGCAGAGCCCUGGCCAGCCCAUGCCAGCUGUGGAGCCUGCCCCUACCUGUGGCCGAGCUGGGUCUGGGCUACGCUUCCGAGGAGACAGUCAUCUUCCGCUACUGUGCAGGCAGCUGCCCCCGCGGUGCCCGCACCCAGCAUGGCCUGACGCUGGCCCGGCUGCGGGGCCAGGGCAGAGCCCACGGUGGGCCCUGCUGCCAGCCCACCCGCUACACCGACGUGGCCUUUCUCGAUGACCGCCACCGCUGGCAGCGGCUGCCCCAGCUCUCGGCGGCUGCCUGCAGCUGCGGCGGCUAAGGACGCCAGGCCUGGGGCCCUGCAGCCGCUUGAGGAGCCCUGCUGACCUUAUCGGAGACUUGGAUGCCGAUGAGAUCAGAGGGGCGGUGGGCUGGGGGCCGCCUGCAAGGAGCAUAAUAAACGAAACUGCUGCUGCAUGACUGUGUUCAGCCAGGCUGUGCCCUGACCCUGCCACCGAGCUCCCUGUGCGUGGACAGGGAGGAUCCUGGGCUUCCCCUGCACCUCUCGGCGCCUGCGAGCGGCCAGCUCAAGGAAGGCCAGUCUGUCUCUUUUCCAACUUUAUUCACAAACGUGGUGUGUGUCUGGUGCGGGGGGAGAACCUGAGGGAAGGGCCUGGCGUUCAGCAGGCUGGGGGGGGCUGCCCAGGCCCACCUGGUCCCAUCCCCUCAGGGAGGGAGCGGCAGAUCA